AUGGCACUGCUGCUGUGCCUGGCGCUGACAGCGGCGCUGGCCCGUGGCUGCUUGCACUGCCACGGCAACUUCUCGGAGAAGUUCUCCUUCUACCGCCAUCACGUGAACCUCAAGUCCUGGUGGGUGGGCGACAUCCCCGUGUCGGGCUCGCUGCUCACUGACUGGAGCCAGGACACAAUGAAGGAGCUGCACCUGGCCAUCCCCGCGGAGAUCACCCGGGAGAAGCUGAACCAAGUGGCGAACGUCGUGUACCAGAGGAUGGAUCAACUGUACAAGGGGAAGAUGUAUUUCCCUGGGUAUUUUCCCAACGAGCUGCGAGCUAUCUUCCGGGAGCAGGUGCACCUCAUCCAGAAUGCCAUCAUCGAAAGCCGCAUCGACUGUCAGCGUCACUGUGGCAUCUUCCAGUACGAGACCAUCUCCUGCACCAACUGCACGAACUCGCACGUCGUCUGCUUUGGCUACAACUGCGAGUCGUCAGCAGAGUGGGAGACAGCAGUGCAGGGCCUCCUCCAGCACAUAAAUAACUGGAGCAAACAGGACACCAACACCAGCUUGAUAUCACCAAGCUUCAGGUGUCUGGAGCCCCCGCACCUGGCCAACCUGACUCUGGAAAACGCCUCUGAGUGCCUGAUGCAGCACUGAGGGCGGCCAGGCCAGCCAGACCCACCCCCGCCACGGUGCGGGGCCAGGACUCCGCUGGACCGCCUCGGGCUGACGCUGUGGAGCAGGCCUGCUGCUGCCUGGGUGCCCCACCCCCUUGAAGCCCAGGCUGGGCUGGGCCGGGCCGGGGCUGGGAGGAGGGGAAGGGAGGUAGAUGGGUUUGUAUAUAGCAGCGGGAUCACAGCUGUUU